AUGGAAAUAGUAUUAAAUGUUCGUUAUGAAAAAAAUAUUUCCAAUUUUGUGAAAAUUAAUAGUUCAAAAUUUUUAUUUUUAUCAAAGUCAAAAAUUAAAAUUUCUAAUAUUCAAAAUUAUUGUGGAACGAAUAAAAUACUUGAAGAAUAUAUUUGUUACUUUAUUAUUGAUAAAAAUUUAAAUGAAAAUGAAAUUAUAUUAAAUGAUGAAAUGAUAAUUUCAUUAAGAUUUCCUAAAAAAGUUAAAAUUUCACUUUGUUUUAUAAAAACAAUUCCUGAAGCAAUAAAUAUUAUUGUAAAACCUUCUCCUCAUCCUCUUAUUAAUUUAAAAAAACAAAUUAAGUAUUUUAAUGAUAAUAAAAAUUGGGAAAAUUUUAAUCAUCGUUUUAUAAAAAUUGGAAAUACAUUAUUAUUAAAAAGUGAUUCAAUUGGUAAUGAAAAUAAUUUAUUAUUAUCUCCGUAUAAAUGGUUUUCUUAUUCCAUUACUAGUAUUAAUAACCAAAAAAUAACUUCUUGUUUUUUUGAAAUUACAUCAAAAACAAAAUUUUAUAUUGAACCUUCUCCUUCUUUAAUAUUAACUUCAAAAUUAUCUCCUUUAACAUUUAUUUCAUCAGAACAAAAUUGUAAAGAAAUCUACUCUUUUCUUUCAAAUCUCUUAGUAAAAUCAAAUCAAUUAAAUCAAAUGAAAGAAUGUAUUAUAUUAGGACCAAAUGGAAUUGGUAAAAGAACUUUAGUUCUUCAAAUUGCUUCAACUCUUCAAUGUAAUUUUAUUAGAAUUGGAAUAGAUGACUAUUCAAUAUCUGAUACAUUAACAUUAAUAGAAGAAUCAAUAAAAGCUCUUCCUAUUAUUAUUUUAUUUGAUAAUAUUACAGACAUUAAUUAUAAUAUAAUCUAUCAAUAUACUUCAUCAAUUCAAUCAUUUCUUGCAACUAAAAUUAAUACUCUUCCUCAUUCACUCUUUAAAAUGAUUUGUGUAUUUAAUAUUGAUUCUAUUUUUUCUCCAUCGGAUUCUUUUCCAUUUCUCCGCUUAAAAAAUUAUCAAACAUCUGAUCUUUGUCGUAUUCAACAAUAUCUCCAUUUACCAGAAUCAAUUAUUCUUCCAAGAGGAUUAACUUUUUUUGACUGUCUUUCUAUUCAAAAGAGUUGGAAUGCACUUCCUUUAAGUAUUGAAGAAAUUAAUAAAAUAGCAAAACAAUUAUCUCAACAACAUACUACUUCAAUAGAAAUACCAACUGUAAGAUGGUCUGAUAUUGGUGGUUGUAAUGGAGCUAAAAAACAAAUUAAAGAGGAAGUGUCAAAAAUAUUAUCAUCAAAUGAAAGUCAUGGAAUUUUAUUAUAUGGACCUCCUGGAACAGGAAAGACUCUUCUUGCAAAAGCAGUAGCAACAGAAUAUAAUAUGUCAUUUUUCAGUGUUAGAGGUGCAGAGUUACUUAGUAAAUAUGUUGGAGAAACAGAAAAAAAUAUUAAAAAUCUAUUUCACACAGCAAGAGAAAAUAGUCCAUCUAUUAUCUUCUUUGAUGAAAUUGAUGCAAUUGCUUCUGAAAGAAAAGGAGGGAGUGUUUUUGAUAGAGUUGUAAGUCAAAUUUUAACUGAAAUGCAAGGGGUUGGUGUUAUUGGUGGAAUUCUUGUUAUUGGAGCUACAAAUAGAAUAGAUAAAAUAGAUAAAUCACUUCUUGUUCCUGGUAGGUUUGAUGUAUCUGUUGAAGUUGGGUUGUCUUGUGGUGAAGAAAGAAAAGAAGUUAUAUUGGCUCAAUUAAAUUCUGUUCAACAUGAAGAUAUAAAUCUUGAUCAAUUUGUAUCUUAUUUACCAGAAAAAAUAAGUGGGUCAGACAUCUCUUUGAUAAUAUCAAAAGCAUAUUCACUUGCCCGUAAAGAGGUGAUAAAUCGCUAUAUUAAAGGAGAAGUUGUAACUACACGAGAUAUAAAAAUUACAGCAUUUCAAUUAUAUUCAUCUCUUAAAUAA